AUGCCUCCUAAGGAAUCGAAGGCCUCUCCGGCUCCUGGAGUUGCAAGGUCAUCACGCACUUCGCGACCGUCGACCCGUCGCUCUACACCUGUUGGUACACCUGCGUCUACAAAACCUUCCGGCCAAACCUUAUCUUCCGUGCAACCCCAGGCAUCGACUUCGACUUCCACAACACAAGUAGACACGCCUGUAAAUUGGUCCGAACCCCCCUUGGCCACGCCUAAAGCAUCUUAUAAGGAGUAUGAUGAUAAGGCGUCUGUGAACGUAUCCACUCAGCACAUGUUACCUUUGGGCGAGUUACCUUCGACCAAGAUGAUGGAAGCAACUUCACGACAGAGGCCGGGCCAGCCAGCAAAGAGGAAGAAGGGAGGGAAAUUGGCUGUAUCUACCCCGGUUCCUGCCGCCGCUACUCCGGCUGCUGUCUCACCUCCGGCAGCCGCAAUGGAAGCGAGUGCAAGCCCUGCGAAUGGCACUGCGGUAGUGGGAAUGGUAGCAACAGGGAACGGAGGAGUGGGAGGAGGGGGAGCAGGACAAGGCCCAUUGACAAGCGGGGGAACGCCAGCUCCUGCACCGGCAGCACCAGCGGCGCCGGUGGCACCCGCUCGUCCAGUUCAAGCUUCCAAGGUCAAGUCCGACGUCAGUUCGACUCCGGUAGUGACUGCUUCGUCACCAACUGCGCCCUCACUUUCACGGUCGCCAGGUAUCAACCCACAAACUCCCAAUAGUGCCAACGGGGCUCGCCCAUCCACAACCGCUCCAUCGAAUGUCUGGAUCAAUGGCCAAGCCCCAAAUAGUAAGACUCCGCAGGGGCGUCAUCGGCUCGAGAUGGUUGUUGAUGCCGCCAUCGAACGAAGCAAUCAGAUUGGAAAUUUGGGAUUGGGUCGCGCGAUUAAAAAACUCUACGACGAGUCGUUGUCUAACAACCUGUUGGCGGAUUUAUUGGAUGCGGUCCUGGCACAGCGGGCGACGCCGGCACAGGUGCUGCAGUUCCAAACAUAUGUCAAGAAUGCGAGAGAUCCCAAUUCGAAGUCGGCAGAGCCCUGCAGUGGGCUCCCGUCAAACGGAGAUGGGAAUGGACAACCUCCGCCACCAGCAGCACCUCCCGCACCGGCAGCACCUCCUCCGACACCUGCCACCCAACCAGCACCUCCUCCCCAGGAGCCGGCAGCAGAAGUCAAGGAAGUAAACGGUUCUACUCCCUCGUCCUCUGCGACGGCAAAUAGCAUCAGAAAAGACAAGGUGGAUAAAGAAAAGAAGGAGAAGGUAGACAGAAAGGCCGACAGAAAGGACAAGCGAAGGAAUGGGGUGAAGCGUAGUCGGGGUCCUAAGGACCAGGAAAACAAAGUUGGCGAGGAGUCGGAAUCCGAGUUGAGUUCAGUUUCCUCGGAGCUGUUUGGCGGGCGCGCAGAGCCUGAAGGUACUAGCGCUUCGGUCGGUUCUCAACCCGAGAGCUCCCACUCAUCGCUGGAUAUUAGUUUUACACCUAUGAACCAACCACCAACUCGCCCCAAAGGAACCUCUGAGCGAGCGCCCAAGAAACCUAAGAAGGGAGUCCCAGCUGACGACGAGGUACGAACUGAGAGCAAUGUUCGGGAUCCCCCACCUCCACCCAUAGUACCUCGUGGGACAAGGGCAACCGCAACUAAUCCUAGGAAGCGGGCGAGGAGCCUUAGCACAGCCUCAACUCCACCGCCGGCUGGGUCGAAUUCCGCGUCAACUACACCUUCUGCCUCUGGCGCAGCAUCUGGAUCUGGGUCUGGUGCUCUUGGAACUCCUAAUAUGCUCCCAGCGCAACCCCCGAAGAAAAAGCCGAAGGGAAACAAGAUCAAGAUUUCGUGAGUGUUCUAUUUUUUUUAUUCUGUUCUAUGUACAUUGUGACUUUUGCGCCGGCCAUUCAAAUUAUAUAUCGGGGUAAAGCUUAUUUUGCGAGAUUGCGGGUCAGUCCGGUCAAAAAAGCAGCAGCGGAUCCGAUUGUUGUCACUGCCGGGAUUGGUGAUCUUAGUGAUAAUAGGCGAGUACGGUAUGGGUCUGAGGAGGUUUCGGUAGGUUUUUGCGGAUUGUUAUCCGGAUUAUUGUCUCAAUAGGGUCCAGUUUUCAGGUGCUGACACGUCACCAUUAGGAGAACGAAGAUGUGUGCGCUGUCUGCAAUGGGCCCGGUCGGUUCCUCUGUUGCGAACGCUGCCCUCGCUCAUUCCACUUCACCUGCCUGAAUCCUCCCCUCGAGGAGGUCCCGGAGGGUAUGUGGUUCUGUAAUAAGUGCACAACACAGCAUAAUCCGCCGCCUAAACCGCCCCGCGGGCUUUUUGUGGACCUUAUAGACAACAUAAACAGAAGGAACCCUUCGUCCUUUAGGCUGCCCUCGGAGAUUCGCAAUUACUUUGUUGGGGUUGAGACUGGACCUUUGGGUGAAUAUGUGGAUGUCAGGGAUAAUAAGACGCAGAGGUUUGGGUAUGUUUUUUUUUUUUUUUUUUUGAUUCACCCUGGUUUAUUGAUACAUGUAUUGACAAGAAACCUUCGGGGUGCGAUAGUAGGAGCGGGUUUCUGGAAGAAUAUGAUACCCACAGACUUAAAGACAAGAGCGGGAAUAUCAUUCUCUGUCAUAGUUGUCGAAAGUCUGCUGCUGAUGGUCAGAGGAUUAUCUCGUGCGAUUUCUGUCCAUUAAAUUGGCAUUUAGACUGUGUCAGCCCUAUGCCAAUGUCAAACCCCCCGCCGGCACAGAAGAAGUGGAUGUGUCCGGCCCAUGCAGAUAUGGUGAGAAAAUCUGUAAAGCGGUUCCUCCCCGCGCACCGGACUAACAACAUAAAAUAGUACCAGCCAAGACGACCCAAGAAGGCAAUUAUAGUUGAUGCGUACCUACGCAGGGGAAUGAAAAACAAUGGGGUCAUUGAGAUUGAGAACGAAGAAGAGGAGACUUUUGAGGAAGUCCUCAUCAGCGGUGUUGUCUAUCGUCUUCCGGAACGUGGUAUUAAGUUGGAUUUCAUUGAGAAAAUUAAGAAGUGAGUUUUCCUGCUCGUGACCCAUAAUUGAGAGAUAUUUUGGGGUUUUAAGUUAACGGUGCAUGUAUUUCUGUAGUGAGCGCGACUAUGCUCAGAAACGCCGCAAGCUUGACACUACUGUACUUGGAAAUAGUACGCCCAUGCCUCAGACUCCAAUCCCGAAUCUGGUGUCUCCUGUUCCUAUUGAGGGAGUUCCGAGCGAACUUCAGGCGACUGUUCAAUCCUUGGUUGAACUGAGCUCCAAGGAAAGGCUUAACGAUUCUUUCGAAUCCGAUGGACUUGGUAGUCUAGUCUCAGUUCUCAUUGUAAGCUCUAAACUCCAUUCUCACGUUUAUGGAUGUUCCUGCUCACAUUUUUUUUUUCAGGAAAAGGCCCCUGCAGAACUAAGGGCACUCUUCACAGAAAAAUCGUUGAUACCCCUGAAUCAGCCAUUGUCACCGGCGGCCUCGUUGGAUACGGCACUUACCCCUAACGCCUUGGAGGUUGAGAAACGUCAACUUUUGGCUCUGCAAGAAUUAAUCUCUCGUCGUAUAGAAACCAUUAGUUGCCCGGCAUUACAGAUCCCUGCGAUGCCCCGACCACACCUGGCUGGAGCAGAGAGUUCAUGAGGGGAUUUACAUGAUGUGAUGUUAUCUGGCAGAACAUAAAUUCCCUAAUAAGGGUGCUAUCGAGUUUGGAAAAGCUAUGUCGGGGUGCACAGGACGAGAAGGCUUCGCAAUAUGAGCUGGCUGGGAAUGGGGAGGGAGUCUGCUGGUAUAACGGGGGGUGGUGGAUGGAUGCUUUUCCUGGUUGGGUUCUUUUUUUCAUUUUCUUUUAAAAGCUUCAUUUUCUGCUUCAUUUUACAUGCGAUAAACCAUGGUAUCCCUUAUCCUUAUUUUCCCCUCAUGAACUCUAUCCACUUUUUUUCUUCGUCAUUCCAAUAAUUCUUUCUUACAAAGUGGGUUAUCCCUGAUGUAGUAGCAUCGUUACUCAUUGGCCUCCGAAACUCUUGUUAAGCCUUUUUCUUCAUCCAUCUAUUCGAUUUUUCGUGUUCGGCAGGAAGGGGUGGAGGGAAUGGGGCUCAUCGUCAUCAUCAUCAUCAAAGCUGAGAGGAAAAGUUUCCGGGAUCAGCCUUUGUUUCAUCCUUUUUCCUGUUUGUGUUUUUUUCUUCCUUUCAUUUUUCCUUAGAAUGGGAUGGGAGUGAAAGUGUUCAUUUAUUUUGUUGGUUGAUGGUUGUAGGUGGAGGAUAUGGUGCGUGUAUUACCUGUUUUUAUCUGUCUUUUCUUCUUCUCUUCUUGUUCCUUCCACCUGUCUUUUUUAGUACUGGUCUCUUCUUUCGUUCUCCUUUCAAUGAUGUCUUUGUAGUUAAUUUCCCCUCCCCCUUCUCCCUUCUUUCCGCCAUCUUCCCCUGGCUUCCCUUAUAUAUGGUUUGCGAAUGGUCUGUGCCUCGGCGGGGGAGGAGGUUGGAGGAAGAGGGAGGCUGAUUCUUUUUAUGUAUCUUUUGAGAGCUCUUUUUUCUUUUCUUUUCUUUUUUUUAGGCCGUGGGAUCAGGUUUUCCUUGGAUGAUUGAUGGGCGAUGGAUUGUUGUGAAGGGAGGGAGGGGAGAGAAAGAGGGAGGGAUGCGUUCCAUGUAUGUACAUUAUAAUUUUUCAACCUCCUGUGGAAAUUCUCGCUAUGAUCGAUGAAUUUGUGCUCGUUUCAUGCAGCGAUAAGCUACCGGUAGUAUAGGUUAUAGAGGCGAGCGAGCGAGCGAGUGGGUAGGGGAAUAGGCGGGAAUGGUAGGUAUUGGUAUCGAUCGAUAUUGGUGGUAGCCAUUCGUAUACUGGUAUCUGGCUCUCGUUCUCUAGCACUAUGUUUUCCCAACGUUGUUUGACUCCUGGGUGAAGAGGUGUGUAUAUUGUAAGCUGUAGUCCCCUCCUGAUCGCCGCCGUCCUCCGUAAAAACGUAAUCCCGGAGCGCAAAACUCUCCGAUGUGUGAUAGUAUGGUGGUAGCGUAAUAAAUCCUUCCAUUCCAUCCGGAGGCACAGAUCAUGUAUAGUGUGCUGCCCCGAUCCGUUGCCGAAAGUCCUUCACUAAACCAAACCCCAACUCCCUCCCUCCUCCCUUGGCUUGACCCCGAAUCCCCCAUCCGUGGCGUACCGGUAGAGUGUCGAAACAUUUCCAUUCCCGAAUCUCCAGGCGCCGGCCAAUAGGCAGCCUUCAGGCCAUUCCAAAAUCCUAAUUUCUUUUUCUUCCCCCCCCUCUCUCUCUCUUUUUCUUCUAGUGACACACACCGAUCGUCAAGCUUGCUUGCUGCGGGGGAAUAUCAUAUAAGAGGGAAAAGGUUAUCGGGCAAUAGAAUGGUAGCUGAAAUUUCUCCGCUCUCCACCUCCUUCAUUGUGUUCAUCCUCUUAUUCUUCUCCCUCACACCUCCUCCGGGAUAGCGGUGCGAGUAAAUAGAAGGAAAGGAUCAGUGAUUGCUCGUGCCAGCGGUUAAGUUAAGCAAAGCCACCACCACCACCAGUGCUCCAGGGAAGAAGAAAAGGGGGGGGGGGUUUACAAGGACAGCGAAGUGCGGGGUUUACUCGAUUGUUCAGUUGUGUCCCGGUAUAUACGCUUACUAAGCGAACCUGAAGGAGCGCCAUAACAACGCGUCACGUCACUCUUUCCUAAUAGGGUAAUUUUUCUUUUCUUUUCAAGGUUGGUUGUUCUGCUUAUGUCAUGGUAUCUUAUCUGCCUGUUGCUCGUAAAUUAAGUUAUCCAGCAUCUGGUUCAUCGCUUACACACUUCUUACUCUCAUACCACACCACUGCCACCCAUCACCCGCUUCCACCUGCUACUCC